AACCAACAACACCUCUCUUCUCCUCUCAGUUAGUGUAGAGGUCCGUUCCUGUUUUUGUCCGGAAAGAAACAGCCUGUCACGGGAUCGAUUCCGUUCUGUAGCUACGGAAGCAGUGGAUGAAUAACGGGUGUGGUGGCCCAGGAUGGCUCACAGUGCCAGGAGAGACUCCCCGGAGCUGCCUGACUUCUCUCUGCUGAAGAGGCUGGCCAGGGAUCAGCUCAUCUACCUGCUGGAACAGCUGCCAGGGAAGAAGGACCUUUUCAUUGAAGCAGAUUUGAUGAGUCCGCUGGAUCGUAUUGCCAAUGUGUCAACACUAAAGCAACAUGAAGUCGACAAACUCUACAAAGUGGAAUAUAAACCCAUUAUCAGCACUUCAGACCAGCUCUGUUUUCUGAUACGGCCAAGAAUACAGACUGUGAAGUGGAUAUGUGAUGUGGCCAAUGCAGACAAAGCAACAGGAAGACACAGAAGAUACAAGAUCAUCUUUACUCCUCAGAAGUUUUAUGCGUGUGAGGCGGUGCUUGAGGAGCAGGGUAUCUUUGGCGAUGUGACCACUGAUGAAUGGUCUUUCUACCUUCUUCCACUUGAUGAGGAUAUCAUCAGUCUGGAGCUGCCCGAGUUCUUCAGAGACAACUUUCUGGCAGGUGACCAGCGGUGGGUGAGGACAGCAGGUAGCGCUCUUCACCUCCUUCACUCCCUCUACGGCCCGUUCUCUAAAAUCUACGGAAUUGGACGAUGUUCCAAGAUGGCGUACGAGUCGUGGAGGGAGCAGGUCAAGGAGGGGGAACAAAAGGCUCGCCAAGCUGAAAUAGGAAAAGUUUUUCUUAUUGACAGAGAUGUAGACUUUGUCACCCCUCUGUGCUCUCAAGUUGUCUACGAAGGACUUGUUGAUGAUAUAUUUAGAAUCAAAUGUGGAUGUGUGGAGUUUGGAGCUGAUGUUACUUCCUCUGACAAAAGUGUCAAAGUCAUGCUGAACUCUCAGGACAGGGUCUUCAAUGAAAUCAGAAAUGAACAUUUCUCCAACGUCUUUGGUUUCCUCAGUCAGAAAGCCAGGAACCUCCAGACUGCUUAUGAUAAACGGCGAGGGAUGGACAUAAAGCAGAUGAAGACGUUUGUGUCAGAGGAAUUAAAAGGGUUGAAACAGGAACAUCGACUGCUAAGUCUGCACAUCGGCGCCAGUGAAUCUAUCAUGAAGAAGAAAACAAAGCAGGAUUUUCAAGAGCUUUUGAAGACAGAACACUCUUUACUUGAAGGAUUUGAAAUCCGUGAAUGUAUCUCUUUCAUAGAGGAGCACAUCAACAGACAGGUCUCCAUGAUAGAAAGUCUGAGGCUGCUGUGUCUUUUGUCCAUAACAGAAAACGGUCUCCUGCCAAAAGAUUAUAGGUCAUUAAAAGCACAAUAUUUACAGAGCUACGGCGUGGACCACCUACUCACAUUUGCCAACCUGAGGCAGCUCGGGCUGCUGGUGGAGCAGCAGCCGGGAGAGACCCUGACCGUGAUGGAGAGCAAAGUGGGCAAACUGGUCAACGACAAGACUGCAGGAAAGCUUACUGAUGCCUUCUCCUCCCUUGCCAAAAAGAGCAAUUUCAGAGCUCUAAGCAGAAGGCUCAACUUGGUGCCAAAGUCAGAUGAAGAAUACGACCUUCGGGUCCCUCGAGACAUGGCGUACAUUUUCAGCGGUGCCUAUGUUCCUCUGAGCUGCAAACUUAUUGAACAGGUGCUGGAGCGAGACGGUUGGACAGGGCUUGAUGAAGUAACUCGGCUGCUAAAUGGGCAUGAAUUUGCCGUCACAGGGGGUGUCGGAGCUGAUUCGAGAACAAAGAGUGAUGCCCAGCGUAUCAUCCUCGUCAUGUUCCUCGGCGGCUGCACAUUCUCUGAGAUUUCAGCGCUACGGUUCCUCGGCAGAGAGAAAGGUUAUAAAUUCAUCGUGGUAACAACUGCUAUUACAAACAGCUCCAGACUCAUCGAGGCUUUGCUAGGUAACAAUGUAUGAAGCCUGUUAGCCGUUCAUGAUGGCUACAAACUGAGACAUUCCUGCUCUGCUGCAUGAGGAUACAAGUUGAAUAGUCCAUGUUGGAAAACGAAAGGACUGUAAAGAUGUAUAAAGUAAAUAAAUGUUUUUAACAAG